AUGGACGGAGCGCUAGAUGUCGACGCAAUGCUCGACGGGGCGAUGGACGCCGCAAUGGAGGAAAAAGAUCAAAAUCGUCAGAAAUCAUCGCCAAGUCGUUCAAAUCGCUCGAGAUCGCGUUCACCGAGCCGUAGAUCAGGAAGAAGCCGCUCGCGGAGCCGAGAUCGACGUCGCAGCCGUUCGAGGGAUCGUGGCGAUCGUCGGAGAUCCAGAAGUCGUAGUCGUGACCGUCGGAGACGUCGUUCGACGAGUCGAGACCGUCGCCGGAGCCGUUCGAGGGAUCGUGGAGCGUAUAGACGACGAUCGAGAACCCGUUCCAGAGAUCGUCGCCGUUCACCACCACGAAGACGUCGUUCGCCGCCAAGAAGAUCACCGAGAAGAAGUCCACCGAGAGGCCGCCUUCCGGGACCAGAACGUCGCGAUGUGAUGCCAUUCAACCCCCGUCAUUCUCCACCAAAAAAUGCGAAACUCGAGUUAUCACCAGAAGAAAGAGAUCAACGAACCCUUCUAAUCAUGCAAAUCGCCCGGGAUACUCGUCCCCGUGAUCUCGAAGAGUUCUUCUCUUCAGUAGGCGCCGUUCGUGACGUCAGAAUCAUAACGGAUUCACGGACGGGACGAUCGAAAGGAAUCUGUUAUGUGGAAUUCUGGGAUGAGGAAUCAGUGCCGUUGGGUCUGGCGUUGAACGGACAGCGGCUUAUGGGCGCCCCGUUGCAAAUUCAAAGAACUUGCGCUGAGAGAAAUCGAGCGGCGAAUUCGUCAAUGGCUUCCACCUUGGGAUUUGUGGCUCCUGGAGCAGCGAAAGGCCCCGCCCACGUACUUGUCGAGAAUUUGCAUCCGAAGAUUACGGAGAAUAUGAUUCGAGAGAUUUUCGAAUCGUUUGGACGAAUUGAGAAGUUGGAAAUGGAGAAGUUGUCGAAUGGAGAUAAUAGGGAGACCGCGGUUAUUGUGUUCCGAAACGCGGACGAAGCACAAAAAUCAAUCGAACAACUCAACAAUUUCGAACUCGCCGGUCGACAAAUCCGUCUUUCCAUCAAACAGGACGCCCCGCCCCCUCCACAAAUCAAAAAGGAAGAAGCUUCAAUCCAUCAAAGAUCUCUCGACGACAUCGGUGAUCGUCAAGGCUUCUCACUAGGCGCCGGCGGUCGUCAACAGUUGAUGGCAAAGUUGGCUCAAGGCACGGGCUCCGGUAUGGAGCUCACGGCGUCGGCUCAAAUGGCCGCACAGCACGCUGGAAACUCUCAAAUUCCAUCGAUAGCUACUCAAUGUUUCCUUCUAUCGAAUAUGUUCGAUCCGAGUAAAGAAACGGAGCCAGCGUGGGAUCACGAUAUUCGAGAAGACGUCAUUGAACAGUGUGCUCAACACGGUGGAGCCCUCCACGUAUUCGUCGAUAAGGGCUCAGAACAGGGAAAUGUCUAUGUGAAGUGCCCGUCGAUAGCGAUCGCACAUCAGGCGGUGUCGGCGUUACACGGGCGGUGGUUUAGUGGAAAAGUGAUCACGGCGAAUUAUGUUCCGGUGAACUCGUAUCACGACUUGUUUCCCGAUGCGGUUGCUGCGAGGGUUCCGUUGAAUACGAGAAUUGCGGCCGCUGCGGGGAUUCAAAUGAUGCAGGUGCCGGUUAUGGUCGCGCCCGGAGGAGGGGUACCGGCUAAUGGCUACUCGUCGUACGGAAUGAUGUCAGCGACCGGAGCAAUUCCACCACAAUCAUCACAGGCUCCGUACGGUGGAUACUACUAG